AUGCACCCAUACAAUCGGCUACCGAGUAGCGGACACAACAGCCCAUCGCCGCCGCCUUCGCCACUCCGCUCCCCCCGGUUCAGACACAGCCGGUCCAAAGCAGGUGGCCGGUUCAACCAGCCGGGUCGGACCCUAAUCCAGCGCAUCGUCUGGCACCUCCUCUCCGUUCUCAUCCGCCGCCAGGGGUUCUUCCUCUUCGCCCCUCUCCUCUACAUCUCCGGCAUGCUCCUCUACAUGGGCUCCGUUUCCUUCGAGGUCGUUCCCGUCAUUUCACAUCGUCCUGCUCCCGGCUCCGUUUACCGCAGUCCCCAACUCUACGCCAAGCUCCGACCCGAAAUGGAUGCCGAUAACUCCUCCGCCGAUGCGAUCUCAACUGUAUGGAAACAUUCCUAUAAAGGUGCUGAGUGGAGACCGUGUGUAAACAAGUCCUCUGGAGGUUUAGCAGAGUCAAAUGGUUAUAUAUACAUUGAGGCAAAUGGUGGUUUGAAUCAGCAGAGGACUUCAAUAUGCAAUGCAGUUGCUGUUGCAGGAUAUCUUAAUGCAACACUUGUAAUUCCCAAUUUUCAUUAUCAUAGCAUCUGGAGAGAUCCAAGUAAAUUCAGAGACAUCUAUGAUGAAGAUUAUUUCAUCAGUAUGUUGGAAAAUGAUGUACGCGUAGUUAACAAGGUUCCUGAAUAUUUAAUGGAACGAUUUGACCACAAUUUGAGCAAUGUAUACAACUUCAGAAUAAAAGCAUGGUCUCCCAUUCUGUAUUAUAAGGAUGCAGUUCUCCCAAGGUUACUUGAAGAAAAGGUUAUAAGGAUUUCUCCUUUUGCAAAUCGAUUGUCAUUUGAUUCUCCUCCUGCUGUUCAACGGUUAAGAUGCCUGGCAAAUUAUGAAGCUUUAAGGUUUUCAAGUCCUAUAUUAACUUUGGGAGAAACUUUGGUUGCAAGAAUGAAAGAACGCAGUGCAAAUUAUGGUGGCAAAUAUAUUUCAGUGCAUCUUCGGUUUGAAGAGGACAUGGUUGCAUUCUCUUGUUGUGUUUUUGAUGGUGGAGAGCAAGAAAAUGAAGACAUGAAAGCAGCAAGGGAAAGAGGUUGGAGAGGGAAAUUUAGCAAACCUGGUAGGGUUAUACGUCCUGGAGCAAUCAGGAUUAAUGGAAAAUGUCCUCUCACUCCUUUAGAGGUUGGCUUGAUGCUUAGGGGAAUGGGAUUUGAUAAGAACACAUUUAUCUAUUUGGCAUCGGGAAAGAUAUACAAUGCUGAGAAGACAAUGGCCCCAUUACUGGAAAUGUUUCCUAAUUUGCAGACAAAAGAGAUGUUAGCAUCAGAUGAGGAGCUUGCUCCUUUCAAGAAUUUUUCUUCCAGGAUGGCUGCAACAGAUUACACUGUUUGUCUUCACAGUGAGGUAUUUGUGACAACUCAAGGAGGGAACUUUCCCCAUUUUCUCAUGGGACACAGAAGAUACUUGUAUGGUGGACAUUCCAAGACUAUCAGGCCCGACAAGCGGAAGUUAGCAUUACUCUUUGAUAAUCCCAAAAUUGGAUGGAAGACUUUCAAGCGUCAACUGCUGGGUAUGAGGUCCCAUGGUGAUUCAAAGGGCUUUGAGCUGAAGAGACCAAAUGACUCGAUAUAUACCUUCCCAUGCCCAGAUUGCAUGUGCCGCUCAAACAAGACAGAGGAUGCAAGAGCAUUGUCCGCUACGUGA